UAGUGCUUGUGUUUAGAAUCAAUUUAAUCAGUUUUCUAGUGAACGCACAAUAAUUUUGUUAAAUAGUUUGUCAUAGUUUGCAUGUAAUAUACACAAUAAUUUUAUAAAAACUUAUACACAAACCGGAAAAUCAUUUAAAAACGUUGUAAAUAAAACUGAAAGCCAUCAAAAGCGAAUAAGUGUGUAUGUGUGUCAAAAAACUGCAGUGGUUCUCGGGUCAAGGUUUAAUAAAAGAAAGCAAAACGAUAAGCAACAUUAAAAAAUCAAUUGAGAAAUAUUGCCGCCUUAAAUAAAUUAGUUUACAAUGUAUACGGUGUGGCAAAAAAUACAAAAUUCAGUUUUGCAAAAUUUAACUGCAACUUAUUUUCGAGAUUCCACAGAAGAGGCUAGUAUUGUGUUCUCUCUCUCUCUCUUUGUCAGCAAUAGAGAUGAGCAAAAAGAUAUGCAUAUGUGAGCGACAAGAAAAUGAUACCUUCAGUGAUGGGAAACAAUUUGUAGAUUAAAGCUCAAAAACUACGUAAAGUCGGUUUCAACGGAAUGCAUACAUCUGUGGAAGAUUUAAAAAUGACCAAUAUGAAGGUCAAAAUAUUGCCUGCAUUACAGGAUAAUUACAUGUAUUUGAUUGUUUGUGAUGUCACCAAAGAAGCUGCCAUUGUGGAUCCCGUUGAUCCUGAGUGUGUUCUUGCCGCUGUGAGUCAGGAAAAUGUCAAUUUAACUAAAAUUCUAACCACGCAUCAUCAUUGGGAUCAUGCUGGAGGCAAUGAGAAACUUUUGAAGAUGUGUCAAAAAUCUCUACAAGUCUAUGGCGGUGAUGAUCGUAUUGGUGGCCUAAAUUGCAAAGUCAAACAAGAUGAUACCCUGAAAAUUGGUGAUCUAAAAGUAACCUGCCUUUUUACUCCCUGUCACACAACGGGCCAUAUUUGCUAUUAUGUUGAGGCUCCGAAUGGCGAGAGAUGCGUGUUUACCGGUGAUACUCUGUUUCAGGGUGGUUGUGGCCGCUUCUUUGAGGGUACCGCUGAGCAAAUGUAUACCGCACUCAUAGAGAAGUUAUCUGCUUUGCCUGAUGAUACCAAAGUUUUUUGCGGCCAUGAAUAUACUCUGCAGAAUAUGUCCUACGCCCGUCAUGUUGAGCCUAACAACGGUGAUAUAUUGAAGAGAAUUGAGUGGGCCAAAUUGCGUCGUGCCACAAAAUCGGCCACAGUGCCCUCAACCAUUGCCGAUGAGAAAUCUUGGAAUCCCUUUAUGCGUGUGCAUGAGGCCAGUGUACAAAAACAUGCUCAACAAUCGGAGCCCAUACCUACCAUGGCUAGUUUGCGCAAAGAGAAGGAUAAUUUUAAGGCUCAUUUAUAAUUGUUAUUGCUUUGAAAGCAAACGCCUAAGCCUUAAGUCUUAAAUUGAAAUUAAAUGUAGACGCACAUUUGGAUUAUUUUUCUUUUGAAAUUUUGCUGACUAUGUCUGUUUAGAAGUGAUGAAAUGAAUUAACUUAAAAUUAUGAUAAAAUUCUUAUAUAUUUGGCAAAUUUUGCCUGGGAUUAUUCAGCAAAGAAAUAAAAAUGUUUUAUUUGGUAAUGGUA